AUGGGAGCGAGCGCAGGUAUCGCUCUCAAGUUCCUUCAGUGGUUCAUCCGCGGCGUCCAGUUCUGCUGCUCGGCCAUCGUCCUCGGCAUCUUCUCCUACUUCCUGGCGACCCUGAACAACCAUGGCCUGCACAUAAAGACCUGGAUCCGAGCCGUCACAGGCAUCUCGGGCAUCGGCGUCAUAUACACCUUCCUCGGCCUCCUCCUCCUGUGCUGCCUGGCCGGCCACCCGUUCACGUCCUUCAUCGCCAUCGUCCUCGACGUCUGCUUCAUCGGCGCCUUCAUCUACGUCGCCGUCGAAAAUCGCGCUGGCGCCGGCUCCUGCAGAGGCCAUGUCAACACCGCCUUCGGCUCCGGCGACUCGGCAACAAAGGUCCACGACAACGGCCACGGCGGCUUCACAUCCCUCCCCACCCUGCACCAGGCGUGCAAACUCCAGACCGCCUCCCUGGCCGUGUCCAUUGUAGCAGUCAUCUUCUUCCUCCUUUCCAUCCUCGUCGAGCUUCUCCUAGUCCGCCACCGCCGCAAGGAGAAGCGCUUCGGCCCGAGCCCAGCCAACGACUACAGCUCCGGCUACGGCCACAAGCGCGGGAUCUCCGGUAGUACCGCCGGUGGUGCCGCCGCCGCCGGCGCAGGCGGGGGCUUCCUCGGCGGCCUCUUCGGCGGGCGCCGCUGGGGCCGACGGCAGCAUGACGACGCAGACCCCAACGCCCUGCCGGUGCACACGGCGCCGGGAGAAGUGCGCGACAGCUACGGCACGGAGCAGACGCGCGUCGCCAACUCGCGCGGCACCGACUCCGGCCUCGCCCCUGGGGCGGCGCCCUACGGCGGCAAAAGGUACGGCGAGCCCGGGUACGACUACGACCUCGCCAACGAGGCCGUCAACACCGGCGGCCGCGGAUACGCGCCUGGUGGUGGUGGUGGUGCUGGGUACACCAACGGUGUCGAGGGGGGCGGUGCUAAUGUUGUGCAGCCGGCUCAUUACCCGGCUGGGAAUUACAGAUAUGAUGAUGGUGUGUACAAUGCCAGGGUUUAA